AUGACAAAUGGCCAUAACACUUGCUCUGAGCUAUCCCCAUGGCAACUUCCCUUCAAAUUUUUUGGAGCUGCAGAGAGAUUACCAAACAGUGGAUUUAUCAGCAGGAGCUCGUCCUCUCAGCUUAGAGUGCUGGCCAAAACAGAAAAGGGGGAGAAGGAAGAAGAACCAAAGAAGAAAACCAAACAGUCCUUCUUCUGCAAUGUGACAGAAGCACUUGAUUUUUCUCAGACCAGGUCUGCAGAGGAUGCUGUGCUUAUUGAAGAAGCUAGGGAUGGAGAGAUUUUUCAUUUCAUUAUUUUCAUGCAGCAUGGGGCUCUGAGAAGGAAAAUUGGAGGGACGUACAAGGAUUUCUUCGAAGACUAUGUCGAGGUGGAUGGGAAAUAUGUGGAGGAGGGGUGGGUGGACAAAACGUUCAAGGUUUGCAAGAAAGAUACGGGUGGCGAGCCCAGGGAAGUGGACAAGCUUGGAAGAUAUGUUCAUGUGGCCUGUUUGGAGAAAUCAAAAUCCGGCAAUUUCUUUACCAGACUUUUCUCUGGAUGA